AUGUACAAUGCUGAAUCCGCUAGCGAGAUGGCUGAUUUGCCAGACGACGUGUUUCCUGAUGGAUCAAUCACGAGGAUCGUCUAUCACAACUUUCUAACGUACGAUAAUGUCGAAUGCAAACCUGGUCCGAAUCUCAAUGUUUUUAUUGGUCCUAACGGAGCUGGCAAGAGCACAGUGAUAUGUGGAAUUUGUCUAGCUGUCGGUGGAAAUCCGAAUGUUCUUGGCCGAUCCGAGAGAAUAGGAGACUACAUCAAGCAUAAGCGGGAUGAGGGCUUUGUAGAGCUCUCUAUAGCUGACUCCCAAAAUGGAGAGCAAAGGGUGAAGAUUCUUCUUCAAAGACCUAAUAGUUGCACGUACUUCAUAAAUGGAUCCAGGGUUGAUAACCCAUGUACGUUCCUUGCUCAAGACAAGGUGAAGAGUUUUUCCGAGCAGAGUGCUGUGGAUCUGCUAAUCAAUACAGAAAGGGCCGGCAACCCACGGUUGUUGGAAAAACACGAAGAACUGAUCAAGAAGAAGAAGCUUGAAACUGUCCACAUCGAAAACGCUCGUGAAGUGCAACAACGUCUGGAAGCUGUAGAAGAUUUAUGCAAGGAGAAUGAGAAAAGAACAGCGAAGGAAAAUGAACAUGGAGCAGACCACAAAGAAGUCGUUAGUGCUUUUCUUAGCAGCUUAUUCGAUGCGCGUUUGCUCAACACCCUAAGCUUCUAUUUCCAGUUGCGCCAAAUCCGUGAAGUUACAAGUGAAAUUCGUAGCGCACUAGAGCAGUUUGAUCGCGUAAAGAUUUCAAAAGAAAAUUGGAAGGAUGAAGUGAGUCAGAUGAAAAACCAGCGAGAUCGUGUUCAAGAACAGGUUGUUGCAGCAAAAGAAGGGAUGAAGGGAUUACGUGAUGAAGAGAGGAAUAUCAGCGAAGCUAUGAAAACCCGUCUUCGUAUUCUUGGGAAUUUGCGCAUAAAUAUGGCUGAUGAAGCUUGGAGAUGGUAUGAAGGGAAUCGUGACAAGUUUCGCUAUCCAGUGUUUGUGCCCGUUCUACAUAUGACAGUUCCUGAUGCUCGAUCUGCAAUGUUGCUAGAAAAUCUGAUAGCUUUUCGAGAUCUGCCAAUGUUCAUCUUUGGUUGCAAGGAAGACGAGGCGCUUCUGACGGACCGAAGACACAGUUGGAAACUCAACUCUACUGUUAUUCCUCCAUCACAGGUUGAUGUAUCUUCUCUGAAAACAAGGUUGACGCCUGAAAUGGAGGAGUUGGGAUUCACUCAUUUUGCUGUGGACUUGUUCGAUUCGGUCGAUGUUGUUAAACAAUAUUUGUGCAAUGUAGCAAAGCUGCAUCAGGUUCCGAUUGGAUCAUCAAAGACAAACGAUUUAUAUGACACAAUAAGGACUAUCUUUCUGAAGAAUGCGUAUCGGCUGUACCUUACGGAUAAGUAUAGGGUGCAAUUCACAGUUUCCAAGUAUGGUUCUCAUGAGAUGCUUGGACAGCAAAGCGAAUUGAAAGCACCCGCUCGAAUAUUCACUAGUCAUUCCAAGCAACUUGAUGAUAAGAGUAGAUUUCAUGAUCAGGCGCAACGUAUUCGUGAUUGGGAAGCUGAUUUACGCAAUCGCCGUCAACAGAUGAAUCAGUCUAGAACUAAAAUUCAAGCGGAAAAGGAGGAAUUAAAAGCACAACAGGCUGAGUGGAGGAGUCGUCGCGAUGCGUUAUGGGAUUUGGAACGUUCUCUACAUAGUCGUGAAAGAAAAAUUGAGGACCUGUUAGCUAACCGGCCGGACAUUAACCAAGCUGCUGCUGAUCUAAGUAAAGCCAAAAUCACUGCUGCUAGAGAAGUCUACAAAGUUACACUGAAGUUGUUAUGCAAAUUGGAAAAACUACGCGUGGCGUCCAUAAGGGAAUGUUUUCUGAGAGUGACACUGAAACAAUUACGAGAUGAAGGAACAAAAUUUGAAAAGGAUUUGCAAAAUCUUGAAGAGAAGCUUCAGGAAAACAGAUCAUCAUUGCAAAGGCAUGUUGAAUCGUUCCUCUGUGUAAAACGUGAUCUUAUUGGAAUGACUGAAUGUCUUCACGACAAAUGCGGUGUGAAGACUUUGAAUCUGGAACAGAUGACUCCAAAAGAGAAGGAGAUUCUGGAGUGUCUUGAAAAGUUGUUCAUAGAUGAGCACAUACCAGACGAUAUGUCAAUGGUUCUUCAACUUCUUGAAGAGGAAAAAAUAAAGCUCAGGUUGGCAACUGUAGACGGAAGCAAGGAGGAUUUUGACCGUUAUGAAUUCUUGAAAGGAGAAAAGAUCAGUUUGGUAAGUCGUAGAGAGCAGCAGGAGGCUACGAGAGAGGAGUGGAAAGCCAGCUUGAUGAAGGAGAUCAUAGAAUGGAGGGAGCCUAUCGAGGAGCUCAUUCAAAACAUCAAUGUCAACUAUUCCAAGUUCUUUGCUCAAAUAGGAUGCGCUGGAGAAGUGUAUCUGGAUAGGCCAGAAGAUCCGCUCAAUAUAGCCGAAUAUGGUAUUAUGAUAAUGGUUAGUUUUCGCUCUGGUGAACGUCUGAAGCGUUUAAAUCACCAGGUACGUAUGUUAAGUAGUAGCUGUUUUUUGGUUGUUUUGAAGAAAACGAUCUAUGCUAAGGUUCAAUCUGGAGGUGAACGUAGUGUUUCCACUAUGUUGUAUUUGUUGGCGCUGCAGGAACUAUGCCCUGUUCCUUUUCGAUGUGUGGACGAAAUAAAUCAGGGGAUGGAUCCGGUGAACGAACGGAAGGUGUUUAAUAUUAUUGUAGAUACCUUGAGUGGCGAGGGGAAUCUGGCUAAGACUCAGUACUUUUUGUAA